UGGAAAAUGUCCACAAUAAAAAUUUGCAUAUAUGACUGGCCUUGCUUGGGGUCUCCGAGACUUUGCAAAAAGGUUUUACACUUCUCGUGUCGUUCCAAUUGAGCAAAUAAAAGAACUGAGAAAGCAGACUGGAGCACCACUUUCUGAAAUCAAAAAAGCUUUAGAAGAGGAAGAAACUUUCGAGUCUGCUAUAGAGUGGCUUCGAAGGCGUGGAGUAGAACUAGCUUCGAAGAAGAAGGAUCGUUCAGCCGAUGACGGUCUAGUUGCAGCACUUUUUUCCAAAGAUGGCAAGUCAGUGGCGGCAGUUGAAGUCAACUGUGAAAGCGAUUUUGUUGCGAAGACUAAAGAAUUUCAGAAUCUGACAACACAUCUCUGCCGAGCUGUACUUUCUGUUACCCCUAAUGGUUACAGCCCUGGAAAGAUAUGCCGGUUAUCUCCUGAAGAGAUUGAAAAACUUAAGAACCGCACUUUACCUGACCAAUCCAAGGAAAUCUCAGGGGAAGACACUAUUUUCCAAACCGUAGCAACUCUGGGAGAAAAAAUUACGUUGUCGAAUGCUUUCUAUUUAUCAGUAGGUGACGUGGGAGUCAUCUCCAGCUACGUUCACAACAAGUUGAAUGACUCACUUGGUAAAAUUGUCAGCCUUGUGUCGCUGUGUUGGUCGAAGGAUACUAAACCAAAGCCAGGAGUUGAGGAUAUAAUCAAAGACGCUGGAAAAGAAUUAUGUAUGCACAUUACGGCGUCCAAUCCGCAAUAUAUAAGAAGAGGUGAUAUUCCAGACGAUGUUUUGGAAAAAGAGCGUGGCAUACUUGUUGAACAAGCAAUGUCUACCGGGAAACCCGAUCAUGCUAUACACAAAAUGGUAGAUGGCAGACUUCGCAAGUUUUUUGAAGAAGUUGUUCUUAUGGAUCAAUCGUUUAUACGCGACCAACAGUUAUCAAAGCCAAGGAACGUUGCUCGUUAUAUUGAGGAACUUUCGGAAGAAGUAGGCUUCCAAGUAUUCAUCGGAGAUUAUUUAAGACUUGCUGUUGGCAAAAAAGCUUGACAUAUCUUUGGUUUACCUCGAUAAUUUUUUGGUUAAUUUCUGAUUUUUAGAGGGCUGAUCUUGAGAAGCUUUGGUUUAUCUGGUCAGUUUAAAGCACAUCGUCCUUUUUGGGAGUUUUUGUUAUUUUUGAUUGAAAGUCACAUCUUCUUCUUGCUCAUUAGGGAUGGUUUCUGUGCUUGCCAAUAGGCAAGAAUGAAUUUCGGCGAUAGUAUUAUGAAGUUCCACAAGCUUGAAAGAAAGUAGUUGUUUUGUUUCUUGGAUAGAGGAUGAGAUGUUGUCUUUCAUCCUUUCUAUAUUUGCUUUAAACUUAAUAAAUCAGUAGAACUGGAGAGUGUCGAGAAAAGCCAAAGUAUCUUACCUUUUCUUCGAAUUUUUGCAUGAAAUUUUGGAGAUUCUUAUCUUGUUGAGUCCUAUCGUAUUGAGCUUCCUU